AUGACAUCCUGGUUGCAAGGCAAGACCGUUCGAAAGGGUGGAUUAAUAUCUUCAGCUUCACAUUCAAGAUCAUCAACACCUCAUGUUCAGAGCACUUCAACUACCGUCUUUGGUGGUGGUGUCAAGGAUCCAUCUGGUAGAACUUCAGAGUACUUUGUGAGCUUGUACUAUAACAUAACCUUCUUCACUCUUCUUACCCUCUUUCUCAAGUCUAUGGACGACCAGUGUCCCGUCUGCAAGAGUGACCGUUAUUUAAAUCCAAAGCUUCGUCUGCUGGUUAGUUCAUGCUACCACAAAAUGUGCGAAUCUUGCAUUGAUCGCCUUUUCACCCUUGGUCCUGCACCUUGUCCAAUAUGCAAUAAAGUAUUGCGAAAGCUGGCUUUCACUCCUCAAACCUUCGAGGACUUGGGUGUCGAGAAAGAGGUGGCUGUCAGGAGAAGAAUAGCAAAAGAAUUUAACAAACGGAGAGAGGACUUUCCUGAUCUUCGUUCUUACAACGACUACCUUGAACAAGUCGAAGACAUCACAUUCAAUCUCAUCAAUGAGAUCAAUAUUCCGCAGACAGAGGCUCGCAUAGCAGCAUACCGUGCUGAAAAUGCCGCUCUCAUCGAGCUCAAUGUCCAGCGGGAAGAAGCCUAUGCCCGUGCUCUUCAAGAGCAAGAAGAAGGCGAACGACGAGAGAGAGAAUCGCGUGCACUAGAGCUUCGCAGGGAGGAGGAAGAGGAACGCGAGGAGCGAGAAAAAGACAGACGCGAAAUCAUUGAUAAACUCGAAACAAGUGACAAGAGUGCUUCAAAACUCAUUGCAAAGAGUCGUGCAAAUGCCCUGAAACGAUCCUCUGCUCGUGCAGCGUCGACAUCUGUAUUGCAGAGCAAUGCCAAGCUCUUGAGAUCGAGAGCGGCUCUUGGGACCAAUGUGCAAGACGUCCCACAUGUUCCAUUGCAGGACGAUUGGUAUGCCUACGAGGACAAGUUUGAAAUUCGCCCAGGCGGCUAUGACGAUAUUUUUAGUGAAGCUGUUCGCAAGGAUCGGGAAGGGGUUAUGAGGGGUGGAGGUUACAUGGUGGAGGAGGCAUGGGAGCGGGCUUUGAGAUGUGCGGUGGCGGCCCUGGAUUUACCGCCUCUAGUGGGGCUUGACCAUCCGUCUGCAUUACCAUUGGGACUAGAUGUCAAUGGAGAUGUGAUAAUGCAAUCUAUUUGA